CACAUCGUCCACUCUUCUUUUCUGCGACCCCUGCCGUUGACAGCGGUCAUUGACAUGGUGAUUUUGGUUCGGGAGACCGGGUGUUGCCAUGGAUGUUGGGCGCUUUUCCGAGGGCCGUCGGAGGGGAAGAGCAACGAAGGACACCAUGCCGUUGUUGUCCAAGAGAGUGCGGAGCUGACGGAACAAACCCAGCCUGUGGAGCCGCUGUUGAGCUUGGAGGCUCGGAUCGCCGCGCGGCAGGACGAUGCAGAGAGUUUGGAGCUGCUCACAAGUGUGUUGAGGCGCUCCAUCCGUGGGCUCGAUGAGCAGGGCCGCAGCUUGCUCUUCUACGCGGUGCGUGGAAACCGCGACGACGGAGGCAAAGCGCAAGCCUCGGCCGCGGCGGUCGCAAAGAAGCUGCUAGGUGAUGCGGCUCAGUGGGAUGAAGUGCCCAGAUACCUGGUGAAGAGGAGGGGAGUUGGUGGUGGUGGAAGCACUGAUUGCUUGGAAGUGGAGACACCACUUCGAUGUGAACUUUCAAGCCCAGAAGACGGGCUUCACCCCUCUGAUGGAGGCCACUCGCUUUGGAAAUCUCUUCGGCGUGGAGCUGCUCCUAGAGCUUCGUGCGGAUGUGAACCUGCAGAGCGUGCGAGGAGAGACGGCGCUGGACGUGGCGCGGGCCAAAGUGCUUGAGCACCUCGACUUUCAGGAGAUGCAGUGCUCGGAGAACCGCCUGGAGAUGGUGAAGGAUCGGGUGGAGAGCGACAAGCUGCGGAUCGCUGAUCUUUUGAGGAACGCGUGAGGAAAACAGGGGCCUUGCCGUUGGGACAGUGGAAGGAUUGGCCUGGAAAACACGCAAGCUGCCUAGUCUGGUGAGUGGCAAAACUCUUUGGGCCGUGGAGUCUUUUCUUCUUUUCUCCGUGAACUCACGGAUGUAGACUUGGUUUGAAAAGAACAAGGAAUCCCAUUCAAGAGUCCAUUUUCCACCGCUUCACCUGGUUUCGUCCUCACCUUCGUGUUCGAUGGUCUCCAUGGAUGGCGCUACAGGGUGAGUGACACGGGUGAGGUAUCUAAAGCUGCUAAGAAACGAAAUCCACUUUCUAGGAGUGGCAUACCCCAUGUGAGCGAUACACACUUCAGUUUGUGGAGUUCGAAAUCGGCCAUUGAAGCACUUCCAACAAGCAAAAUUUAUGGAACGUGAGAGGACACUGGCACUGGCACGUUGGACACCUCUUUGGACACCUCUUUGUACCACCAAAAGUUCGCCGUUGGAAAGCCCCGGAGCUUGGAGAGUUUGGCUGCACUCCCUGACAUGGAAGUGGAUGGCACCACCUGUUUGUAGAGGAAAAUGGUCUUCUACGGGGUCAUGCCAUCCACUUCCAUGAUUAUUUUAGGGAACGUACCUUUUUGUGCAAGAAAACGCGUGCAAGCUUCAGCUUCAGCUGAGCUGGCAGCUAGCCCUUGCUGAUCCUCUCAAAGGCACCUGCUGGCAA